AGCUGGGGAAACCCCACAUCGCACAGACACAUGCAAUGUUGUCAUUUUUGGAGAAUCCGGGGCUGGUAAAAGUUCCUUGGUCAAUUUGAUCGCUGGGAAGGACGUAGCGAUGACAUCCUCAGAUACUGGGGGAUGUACAUCCAGAACCAGUACGCACGAGAUUUUAAUUCAGAACGAGACGUUGAAGGUCUUGACGAGGAUCCUCGAGGUGCAGUGCCAGAUAAGGAUGCUCGAAGAAUAUUGAAGAAGCUAGUUCAAACUUUGAUGAAGCAAGGCGACCUUCAUCUCAUCAUUUACUGUGUGCGGGGUGAGAAUGUGAUUCAGACACUCCACCGGAACUACGAGUUCAUUCGGUCCCAAGUCGAGAUGAAAGUUCCGAUUGUCCUUGUCGUCACAUCUUUGGAAUCCUACGAACCAGACAUGGAAGAGUGGUGGAGGUUGAACAAGAACACCAUCUCAAACGUUGGGAUGACCUUUAAUGGCCACGCAUGUGUCACCACAGGGAUGAUCACACAAUCUAAUGUGACCGAACAUUGCCGCAACCAGUCGUACAAUGCUGUCUGCAAGCUCAUCGAACAGUGUCGCCUGUCGAAUGAUACAGUGAUUCACACUGGAGCGUCACGAGACACUACUCACAACAUCCCUUCUAAAUUGGCUGCGAGUAGCAACAGGCAUACAAAUAUCGUCCUCUUUGGGCAGGUAGGGGCAGGCAAAAGCUCGCUCGUCAAUCUCAUGGCGGGAAAGAACGUGGCAAGAACAUCUAGUGACAUGAGAUCCUGCACAUUGCACUGGCAAGAAUAUCCCAUCAAAUUUGACGACAAGUCUUAUAAUGUGUUCGAUACCGUUGGACUGGAGGAACCACAGCUGGGAAUCCCACAGUACCUCGAUGCUGUCGAGAAUGCCUACACACUCAUUCAGAAUCUGGAGAGACGAGGCGGCAUUGAUCUACUUCUGCUCUGCAUGCGCGCAGGCAGACUCACUCCUACGCUUCAAACCAAUUACCGGCUCUUUCACGAAUUCCUCUGCGACAAGAAGGUUCCCAUCGUUGUGGUGAUCACGUACCUUGAAAAUGAGGUCGGAGAAAUGGAUGACUGGUGGAAGAGAAACCAAUACGCUUUCGAUGGACGGGAGAUCUAUGUCGCUGGUCACGCGUGCAUCACUGCCAUCCGAGGCAAUUAUCCAGACCGGUAUGCCCAAUCGCGCACCACGAUCCGCAAGCUUGUUGCUGCUGACGGGCAGAAGGAGGCAUGGAAAGGAGGAGACAGUACGUUCGUGUUGUUCGUGCGUAAGCUGACGGGGCUACUUGUGGGGAAGGAACAAUCGCGUAUGAGGAAGAAUAUGAUGUCUUGCCUCACCAAGCGUUGCGGUCUGUCUCCAGAUGUCGCAAAACAGUUAGCUGAUAGGAUUCAGAAUGGUAUGGUGUGGUAGAAGGAGCAACUUGACUU